AUGACGCACGCCGCGCCGCGCUCCCCAGCGCCCAGGCCCGCGCGAGCGACCGAUGGCAGCACCGUCGAAGCGGAGGCCCCCGCCUUCUCCCCGUCGAGCUCCUUGUCCGCGGCCGCGCCUCGCCACGCGCGGCCUCGAGAGCCGCCGCCACUCGAGCGCGCCGUCGUCUCGCGCACGCGGUUCCACAUCACGCUGCCGUCGCCCCCGUCGCCGUCCAAAGCGGCAGCUGGAGGGGGCGAGGCCGACCAGCGAGGCUGGAGCAGCCCGCACGGCGAGCCCUACCGCCCGCUGGGCCGCCCAGAGCUCAAGCUCAAGUUCUCGCCGCAGCUUGUGUACGGAGUCAGCCCCAUGAUGCAGAACGCGCACCGCAUGCGCGCCAUCGAAGGCUCUGGAGGAGCUGGGGGCAGCAAUAUGGGAGGAUCAGCCAACUCCGGCUCGGAGAAGGACAAGGAGCUGCGCGAGCCGUCGUCCUGUACGACCACUGGCGGCACGGGGGCGCCCCUCACGACUCUGGUGGACCAGUUUGUCACGUCACUAACCAGCAGGAGGCGGCCACUGGAUGAGCGACAAGUCAAACUUGCCCAUCGACUUCAAGCCAACGUGGGCGGCUUCUCACCCGAGAAGGUCCGCGGGCUGCACCGACGUAAGCCGCAACUUCAAGAGCAGGAUCACGAACCCACCGGCGGCGAGCACAGCUAUUACAACAGUCCGCGAGGCGACACGUCCUACCAGCUUCUGCGCGAAGCCAUUGAUGAAGGCACGAGUCGGCUGCGCUCCUCACGUAAUGGGACGAGCUUUCUGCAGAAGCUACCUCCGUCCGACCUGCACGGACUCCAGGAGCUACAGGAGCAGUACCUGCGCGCGAGGACGAAGACGGCACAGUUACUGAGUCGCGGCAGCGGUGGAGGGACGAGAACCAGUCCUCGGGUGCUGGUCGGAUCCAAGACGUACAAUGAUGAAGCCACGACCACGCACAGAGCCCAAGUCAAUCGGAACGAUGGCACCUCCCAAGGACACAGCGAAAGCGAAGAUGGUGGGGCCCCCUGCGCUCACCUCACCGACGUCUACCGUCGCUAG